ACUAAUUCUAAUGUCUGCGAAUUUAAAGCGCGACAGUGCUCUGAUCGCCGUUUCGAACUCGAUAACAAUCGUCUAGGGUAGAACUGAUAAGAUUAUGGAGCAAAAUAUACAACAAAACAAACGUGUUGCGCCGGUGUAUGGUUAAGAAGUUGGUGGAAACGAUUUCUGAAAUAUCUUAUCAAAUCCCGAUUAGAGAAUGUAGGGUUUCUCUCCAUAUUAUACUCACGCAUUCCAGACAGCUGUCAACUGGUGGCUGUUAGAAACAACAUUUAAGCCAGCUAUUCAUUCGGAUAUGCUCUCUGUAAUACUUCUUACUCUGAUGUGGAACACCCCAUAACAUUCGAAUUACUACCAGUACAAAGAGCAUCGUGUGAGUUAUCACCAUUAUGAUCACCUUAUGACCCCCACGGAAGCCCAAUCAGUAGAACUUCGAUAAGAUACCACAAUGUAAUAUAAGUUACGUUCGCCGAUUCGAUUGUUUACAGUCUUUAGUAAAACUUUGGCCUAUUCCAACUCCCAUUCUGCAAGUGUAAAGUGUUAUUCCGCUUUCCAGAUGAGUCGUUUCUUUGCUCUGGCGGCACUGUUCGUGGUCACCAGCAAUGCUGCCACUAUACCACACCAGCCCUCACGCCCGGAAGCACUGGCGCCUGAGCAACGUGCGACGCUUGACGAGGCGCUGGCUCAGCUGCUCGAGAAUAUCCGUGAGCUUUUGCGCACGGGUGACCCGGAACGCGGCAUUCCCGUGAUGGCUCCACUGGAGACUGAUCGGCUUGAUGUGGACUUAAGUUUGGGAGGAUUGCUAGACUUUACAGCCAUUUUGCGCAAUCUGUUUGUCGAUGGAUUGGAUCGGUUCCAGGGCACACUGACACUGAACGUGAUGCAGAUGGAGUUCCGGUACGAUUUUCUGUUCCCGGACGUGGUCGCUCGCGGACACUACGAUGCAAAUGGUCGUCUCUUCGGUUUGAUUCCGGUGUUCGGGUUGGGCAACUUCCAUGUCGCUCCGCGCGAUCUUCGCAUCCAGGGAACGGCUCUACUGCGUCAGCUGCCCUCCGGUUACCUGCACAUGCCCGAACUGAAAGCCAACGUGCGGCUUGGUUCGCUACAGAAUAACAUCGAGGGAAUGCUGCUCGGAGGAGAACUGUCCGAUCUGCUCAACGUAGUCAUUCAGGAUCUGAUUCCUUCGGUGCUUAUCAACUUUGCUCCGGAAGUGACGGAUAUUAUUUCACGCGUUGGCAUACCUAUCGCUGAUUCCGUCCUAAACACUAUGACGCUGGAAGACUUAUUCGCACUGAUUCCUAUGCAAUGAUAGAUCAGAAUCGUGCAUAGAAGCAUUGAAGAAAUAAAUACUAGUUAGGACUUCAUGUAAAACGGGAGCAAUAACUACUACUGCAACUCAACGGUGGAUGGGAUUAGAUAUAUCAUUCAAAAAUAAAUUGAUUUUAUGCAAAUUCA